AUGGAAACUUUUUCAUAUCAAAACCCUCAUCUUGAAUCCACAAAACAGAAAUGGUUUUCUGAUGAAUUUCUAUACAAAUUUAAGGGCUUUUGGAUUUGGUCACCUUAUCUGGAACCCACAAAAAAAGUUGUUGAGAAUUUCAAGCCACCUCCAACUGAUGUAAUUCUCGCUUCUUUCCCCAAAACUGGCACUACAUGGCUUAAAGCUCUUUUACAUUCCAUUAUUUUCAGAUCUUCAGAAGAAAAAUCCCUGAUUUUUAACCACCCCCAUGAACUCAUCCCAUCUCUAGAAACAAAACUAUUUCUUGAAUCCAAUGGGAAAAACCCUGAAUUUACUGAUCAAAAAGUUAGAAUUCUUGGAACCCAUAUUCCUUACCAGAUUAUAGGCGAUGUCCUCAACUCUUCAGAUUGUAAAAUUGUUUAUGUUACAAGAAAUCCGAAGGACACUCUCAUUUCCCUUUGGCAUUUCAUACAAAAAGGAAAGAAAUUCGACGAAGAUCCAUGGACACUGGAGGCUGCUGUUGAUCAGUUCUGCAGUGGGGUUGUACCUUUCGGUCCGUAUUAUGAUCAUGUUUUGGCUUACUGGGAAGAAAGCCUUAAAAGGCCGUCGAAAGUGUUCUUUGUUACCUUCGAGGAACUUAAGGAAGAUGGAAACAAACAAGUGAAAAGAUUGGCUGAAUUUCUGGGGUGUCCAUUUGAAGGUGAAAAUGAAGAAGCAGAAAUUGAGGAAAUUGUGAAAAGUUGUGGCUUUGAAACAUUAAGUAAUCACGAAAUUAACAAGUCAAGUGAGAUGCCAGAGUGUUUUCCAUUGCCAUAUAAUUCAUUUUUCAGAAAUGGACAGAUGAUUCAACGGUUGUGUUUCAAACCCGCUAAGUAUUUUGAUAGAUGCUGA